AUGAAGUGUCGCGUACGGCAAACAAAAAGUAAGGUGAAGCUAGAGAGAGGCGUGAAGGAAAACAAAGGAAAUCUUUCACCAGUCCUGGUACGUAAUCGUUCCAAGCGGUCUGGUCUGGAAGCUGUGAAACUUCACCUGCAAGUCAGCGGGGGUACUGGCAGAACAUCACGUUCCGCUACGACGGUAAAAAACACGAGGUGUAUCCUAGGUGGCAAUGAGUUUUUUCUUCUCUUGCACGCACUAAAUAUGUCAGAGAUUUGUAUGACCCACAAUAUUGACUGGAAUGCUGUGUAUGAAACUACGUUACUUGGUGGAAAAGUUGGAAGUCGGAAGUUGGAAGUCGGAGUUGGAAGUCGGAAGUUGGAAGUCACUUGGAAAAGUGACAAAGUGUGCGGGUAG